GACUGAACGGCGGUCGCCGAAACACAUGAGACACGAGUCAGGCCCGUGAAAACCCGUCGGGCACGGUUUGAAAAACGUCGUGUUCGACGGUCGAACUUCCAAGCGCGAGAAAGAUCGGCCGAAUCGAAAAGAUUUAGCUCGGAAAAUCGAUCGAAAUCGUAAUGAUGCACGUCACGUGACCCGACUCGGCCAAUGGGGACGUUGCAUCCUAAUACACCACCCCGCCCCGCUCGCUAGUCGGUAGUUUUCGGGCAUUAAUGGUCGUAUAUGCGAGUUUCUCUGUUUUUGGUACGAAAAUUAAUUUACUACCUAUGCGCCGGGAUCGUAGUGGGCAUCCGAAAAAUGACCGCGUAGUGUCAAGUGUGUUGGAAUAGGUGUUUUCGCCGUGUGCGCGUCAUACCGCCGGAAUUUCUCGUCCGUGGUGCGCCCGACAAUACAAUAAAAUCAAGUGCGCGCCGUGUUACCGCCACACCGCCGCCGUCGUACCGCCGCCGCGGUAUUAUUAUUAUUAAAUUGUAAUAAUAAUAAUAACAAUAAUGGACACGCCGCCGCCGUCGGGUUGUUUCGGCGUUGGCAAGACGUUUGUCGCGCGUGACGCCACGUCUGGUCGUAGUUCACGUUAUUGUUGUUAGCCGCCCAGCGUACCGUUUAUGUAUGUUUCAGCCACAGUCGAAAGGUACGUUUUUUCCGUUAGUCGUUGCUGCAUAAUCCAUAGGUAUAGCUUGUUGUAUACCGUGCGCGGGGGGGGUGACCUAAACGGCGACGGUGAUCGUUAACCCGCGUGUCGUUUGCACGGCAUUUUGCGAUGUGCGUUUGUAUUUACAAAAUAUGUCCGUAUACCCCCGACCGGGGGCACCCGCGCCAUGUUGAUCGGUAAGCGCCAAAAACGCUAACGGUAUAUUGGCGGCGAACACACACGCGCGCUAGUAUAAUAUUCAAGUACACACACACACACACACACACACGCACACGCACGUACCUAAUAUUUCGCACACCACUAAAUGUGGUUGUUGUCCAGUCGACUGGUCGCGACGGUUAUAUUUUUUCUAACGUUGUUUUGUGUAUAGUUGUAACCGAUGUUGAUUACGUGGUCUCAGUGUUCUCGAGUAGUUUUCGCGCCCAAGUUUGGCGCGCGCUCGUUGCCGCCAAACCGUUCAAUGUCCGCACCUGUCCUUUGAUUCUCAAUUGCCGCUGCCAUAAUUUCACCGUCGUCUUCGUCGAAACCACUACACCGCUAUGUUUAUCCCAUCAAACAGGUAGCUCCCUUGCACUAUCUAAUAAUUAUUAUAAUAAAAUAUUGGAUAUCAUGUUCUGCAGAAGGCAGAACUGUAUUAGACACGAUGUGCGGCUUAGGAUGUGUUUAUGGCCCAUGUUCCUUCUUAAAUACUUUACGGUCUUGUCUCCGUUUACUUUUACUCGUCUGUCUUUUUUCCAUCUACUAUGCACCUAUCUUCUAUCUACCCAAUGUAAAAAACGUCAAAUAGGGUUUUGGUCAACUAUGUACACGGAUGGCACAAUAAAUAAUUUUCCAGUUCACUAUUUGUGUUGUACUAAAAUUUGUUUAUUCAUAAUCUAUUGAUGUAUUACGAUGUACAUGUCGUACAAUACAUAGUUUUUAUUUUUUUUUAGGCAUACCGAAUGUUUGGCCAUUGUUGGUUAUUGGCUUAACACAAUAAAUUGGUAAACAUAACAUUUUUAGAAAUUAAUAUCUAUUGAUAUUUUGAAUAUAUUGACACUAUUGGAAUAAUUUUGAAUCAAUAAUGAAUACUGUGUUAAGAUGUUUUUAGUUUUAAUUAUCCACAUUUAUUACCUAUAUAGGAAUUUUGUUCAUUAAAAAACAUAUAUAUAUAUAUAGCAUACCAUUAUUUUUUUAUUAUGGAGCUAAAAAUAUCAGAUAAAUCAUAAUGAUCUUUUAAAAUUAUAGUAGGUAUUCAUUUAAAAAACUCAGAUAAUGUGAUUUAUAGCUAUAAAAUGUAGUUAUACUAAUUGUACUUUCAAAAUGAACAUGAUUUUUCUAGAAGUAUCUAAUCGGAAAAAAUUGUGUGUAUUAUUUGCAGGCAUUUUUCAAUGUGUAAUGUGUAAUGUAAUAUCAUUGUUUUAAAUUAAUAGAAUCGUACAUACCUUGUUUAAAAAAUCUGAAAUUAUAUAAUUUGUUAAAUAUUUUAACCUAUCUAGAAUUUUGUAGUUAGAAUUAAAUAUAAUUUUCUUUGUUUUUAUACUUAUUUAUAAAUUAUAAUAGAUAGUGUAGUUAAGUAUCUACAUUUUUAGUACAGUAGUAAUGCUGUAUAAAGUUGUAAGAGACGUUGAAUCAGUUUUUUUUAUAAGCAAUUAACUUAAACAAACUUUAAUGCUAUUAUAUUUCUAUUCAAAAAAAUAGUUCCUUUUUAUGUUUUCUAAUGUAGAUACCUAUUGCAGUACUGGUUAAAAACUACCUUAAAUCAAUAUUUUUGGUAUUUUAAAUUUUUACAGAAUUUUAAAGUAGGAGUCAUACUAGGAGGAUUUCACACUCAUUUUAUUUCAAAUUUGUUCUCAGCAAAACUAAUUUUGUACCAUUAGUUUUAAAUUUUCAAACGAAAUAUAAGAUAAAUAACUGUUGUAUACUCUGUCUCAUGAGAACAUGCCGUGCGAUAGCAAAAAUUGGUGGGCUUUGCUCAUAUCCACCGUUGUCGGUAACAAAAUUUGAAUGCAUGGAGGAGAUACAAUGGCCCGGUUGGUCAACAAACGAUGCGCAGAUUCAGCAUGCUCUUCGUGGGACAGAGUAUAUGUUGAUUUUUUUAUAAUAUUUUAAUUUGUAUGGGUCUGUAUGUGCUUGAGUACAAAAUGAAUGUAAUAUUAGUAGUAUUUUUAAAUUGCAAUAUUUUACAUAGAUAAUUAUGUUAUUUAAAAAUUUAAAUAUAUAUAUAUAAAAAUAACCAUUGUAAAAACAUAGAUAAUGUGCUUGCCUUUAAAUUUAAUAGUAUACAAUAGUGUUAGAAAUCAGAUAUUAGCUCUAAAAUCAGGCAGUUGGAAUAGGAAUUUAAUUUAAGUUUCGUGUUUGCUCUCCCUUUCAUACUAAAAGAAUUACACAAAAUAGUUCUGCUGACUAUAAAUUUGCUAUGUUGUGCGCUUGUAAAACAUAGACAACAAAUUUCAUCAAAAUUAUUGUUGUACUUUAUUUACUGUAUCUACAUUAAUUAUAUGUGAUCAAUAAUGUCACAUGAAAAAUAUGAAUUUGUACUACAUGCAUAUAAAUUUGUACCUAGUUACCUAUUAAUUUUUUGAUAUCGAUCCAAAAGUAAUGUUAUUUAUUUAUAAAUAACUAAAAUAAGAAUUAUCUAUAUCAUAUAUGGAUAAUAUGUAUGUAUAUAAAUAUAUAUAUAUAUAUAUAUAUAUAAUUAUAGAGCUUGGGUCAAAAAGGGCCAGUCUCAAUUUUAAUCAAUUUUGGGAAAUUAAGAAUAAAACCCAUUUUUGGGCCUUUUUGAUAUUGCAAUAGUAAUUUGUUAAACAUCAUCGGUCUUCUCAAAUCUCACAUUAACGAUUAUUGAGAUAUGCCCUUUUACCAUUAGUAAAAGCAUAUAACAUUUUAUUUAUAUGAUAAGUAAUAAAAUUAAUUUUCACCAAGAAAUUACAUUUUUUAACCCAAGCCUCGGAUAUAUAUAUACAUUAAAGCAAAACUAGAAAUCUUCGUUUAUUAUAAAUGUAAAAUAUUAAAUUUUAAAACAUAUUUUUAAGGGAUUAGAUAUUAUUUAUAUUUUAUACUUAAAAGAUACCUCCACUUUUUACUUAUUACAAAUUUCAGUUUUUACUAAAUUAUUUUACUUCAAUCUGUGUUUUAUAUUUUAACAUAAUGAUUAAUUUGUUUUAUUUCAGUGGGUUCAAUAUGCAGCAGGUGCCAGUUUCAACUCAAAAUAGUGGUGUGCCGGUAGUAAGUAAACUUUUAGUUGUAAAUUAUAAUAGGGACUCAUAAACACUUUUUGAAUAAUAUGAAAAGUUCUUUGGUUAAAAAUUGACCAACUAAUAUUACAUUAAAUUUGGAUUUAUGUAUUUUUUUUUUAAAUGAAAUAAUUGAUAUACUAUUUAUUUUGUAUACUUAUUUUAACAUAAGUAACCUAAUUGGUUAGAUAAAUCACUUAUAUUACUGUUAUAUAAGUAGGCAUCUAUUAUGUUUACUUACUUAUAUUUUUUAUUGAACAUUCCUUUGAAAUAAAAAAAUUUAUAUUUUUAUUAUUCAUUUUUCAAUUAGUAAAAUAUUACCUUGUUUUAUAAAAUAGGAUACUGCAAAUGCUAAACACGAUGGUGGUAAUAUUCCACCACCACGUAAUGAGCCAUAUAUUGAGCCAGUAAAUGGUGUUGUCCAACCACCAGUUGUACCUCCACCUAAUCGACCAGGUCGACUCACCAACAAACUUCAAUUUCUUCUAAAGACUGUAAUGAAGGCUGUGAUGAAACAUCAUCAUGCAUGGCCAUUCCAUCAGCCGGUCGAUGCUAGUAAACUCAAUUUACCUGUAAUUAUUUUUAUUGUAAUAUAUUAUACUAUAUAUAUAAUAUAGGCUGUAACAAGAUCAGUCAUCUGAAAUAACUUGUUUUGUUCAAUAUUUUUAAGUUUUUUUGUGAAAACUACUAGAGCCCAGAUUCCUAUAUUUUAUAUAUUUUUUAAAACUAAAACUAAAAUGGAAAAAUUGUUUAUACAUAAUUCAUUAUCUUACCUAUAGAUUUUUAUAAAUAUAUUUUGAAACUAAAUUUAAAUACUAUAAAUAUUUAUUAAUACUUAAUAUCCAUUUUCUAAAAUUUUUAAGAAGUUGAUAAUUUAAAUUAUUUAUAUUGCCACUACUAAAUAAUAUCAGUUGUUUCGACAAUUUGUUCAUGAAAGAAUAAUUUUCUUUCUGAAUGAUUUUUUUGUAUAAUUCACUAAAUUUUAGAAUUUAACGAUUUUAUUUGUAAACUAAAAAUUUGUAAUACCAACAUUUUGUUUUAAAAUAUAUUUAUAAAAUGGCCUUCUUGGAUUUUGUAAAACUAUUAAAAUUUUGUAUUUUUAGUUCUUAAUAAAAUGUAAAAUUAAGGAAUCUUAGGCUUAGGAAAUUAUUACAAAGUAUUAAAACCUAAAAAUAUUGAACAGAGUUAAAAUUAUUUCAGGUGUCAAAUCUUUGUGUUACCCUCUUGUGUAAAUAAAAAAAAAAUCAUUAGGUCCAUUUAAUGCGUUAAUCAUGCAUUUUAAUUUAAUUUUAACAUGGCAAUGUGAUCAUAAUAAAGAACACCUACUGUAUAUAAAUAAUAUAUAAAUAAUUUUUUUUUCAGUCUGAACACUUAAAAUAUUUUGGAUUACUUUUUUGCAUAUAUUUUAUUUUAUCAUGUGUAGUAAUUUUAAUAGUAUUUUAAGUUUUACGAAGUUUGAAUCAUGUGUUAUGUGUUAUGUGUUAUAUCACAUAAAAAUGAUCUACAAAUGGUAUAUUUAUUUUAGUUUCUUAUGUUUGUAUUUAUGUUGAUGCUAGUUUUUAGGAAUUUGUAUUGAACAAUUUUCCAACUGUUACUUUGAAGUUUUGAAAAUAGGUAUAUUUUAAUAUUAAAUUCUUGAAUUUAAUAAUUUAAAAAAAAACAGUUAGGAAAGGGACUAAGGAUAAGUAGAAAUAAACGUAUAUAGACUGGGUUUGGAGGAACUGAACAGGAGACUGCAAAUGUCUAGUUGAGGCUGAGAGUUUUAAGUAUCUAGGUUCUUAAAAAGAGAAUGGUGGCUUUAACUAAAACGUGAAUAAGGACAUUACUUAUUUUAAAUUCAAAAGUUAAUGAACUUGUAUGGUUUAAAUAUUAUUUUAGAGUCUAAAUUUUAGUUUAUAAAUUAUAUAAAAUAAUUAUUUUUAUAAAAAUAUGAUAGAAUAAUAUUAUGCCACCUAAAGUUCAAAGCCUGUCUCCCUUUCAUUUAAAUUAAAAUUUCCAACAAGGUGCCCUUUAGUAGAUGCUAAUAAUUUUAUUUAGAAUAUGAUUAAAAAAAGUAAAAAUAUAAUUUCAUAUGCAAAAAAGUAUUUAAAAAUAUUUAUAUUUUAUCAAAUAUUUGUAUGGUUCCAGACUUAAAUAAUGUCCUGUUUAUAUUUGAUGUAAGUAUAAUACCUUUAAUUUUAAUAUUAAUUUUUUGUAGGACUACCAUAAAGUAAUCAAAACACCCAUGGAUUUGGGUACUAUAAAAAAGCGUUUAGAAAAUAAUUACUAUUGGUGUGCUGAUGAAUGUAUACAGGAUUUUAAUACAAUGUUUUCAAAUUGUUAUACUUACAAUAAACCUGGUGAAGAUGUAGUUGUCAUGGCACAAACAUUGGAAAAAUUAUUUCUUGCCAAGGUAUGAGCUAUUAUAAUCACUUUUCCAAGUGUUUAUUUAUUUUAACAAGUGUAUAAUUACUUUUAUGUAUAUUUUUAGAUGGGACAAAUGGUCAAAGAAGAAACUGUAUUACCUCAACAUAAACCUGCUGUAAAAAAUCAUUCAAUCAUUCAUAAACUACCACCCAGUCAGACUCAACCAAUUGCUGUGGCUCCAGGUUCAACUGCCAUUGGUACCACACCUCAUUCCCAACAUAAUUCUCUCCCACCUCAAGUAAAUUGAAUAUGUUAUUAAAUAAUAGUACAUCUGUAAUAUAAUAAUAAAAUAUAUUUAAAAUUUUUUUUUUUAAAGUGUUAAAUAGUUCCUUCAAAUAGUGAUUAAUGUAUUAUUAUUAACAACUCAGUAUACAUCCUGUAAUGUUCUACAAAUUUAUAUGUUAAUAUUUUAUAUAUAUUUUUAUUUUAUCAAAUACAAUAUUUUCAAAAUGUUACUCUAGAAAUUAAAAUUACUAAAUUAAGAAACUAUUCAUUGAAAAGGAAUGUAUGUAUGUUUAUUUCUAGUUUUCUGAAUAAUAUCUAUCAAAUUAGCUAUUUAAAAAAUUAAGAAAAGUGAACAAAUGAAAAGCUUUUUUUUUAAUGAUGAAUGGGUGAUAAUACAAAAUUAAUUUUUCUUUAAAUAUGUGACCUUUAAUGGAUACGAGGGCUGAAAAAAACAAAAUGAAGAUUACAGGGAUGUAAAUUUGUAGCAUAUAGUGGGACACCUCUAUUGUAGUAAUAGUUCAUAUGAGGUAAUUUUUUAAAAAAAUCUGUUGGUUAUCUUGAAAAUUGAAAAAAAUUAAUAUUCCAAUGCAAUAAUUUAUAUUCAAUAUAUAUUUAUGUAUUAGCAAAGAUUAUAAUUUAAAUUUAUAUAUUUUCAUUCAUCAAUAUUUCUCCAUUGUUCCUUAGAAUAUUGUUCAUAAACAGUUUUAUAUAUAACAUGAAAUAGUGUAUAUUUUUAAAAUUGACAAUUACAUGGUAUCUCCAAGAGAUACCUAAUAUAUUAAGAACAUACUUUAAAAUGAUUGUUAGAUCAAGUUUAAAGAGUACAUUAAUAAACAUGAUUUAAUUUAACACUAUAUUUUUAGAUUUUUACAAUAAUUGUGUAUACAAUUGUUUAGUUUUGAACUAAUUAUCAUUAUAUGAAUUCAUUUUUUUUAUUUUUAAUGUAGAUUUUGGCUCCAACUGCAGGAGAUUAUGUUGCACAUGUUUCACAACCAGUGAAUGCGCCUAUUGGAGCAGCUAAUUCAUUAGCUGGUGGAAAACUUAAAAAAGGAGUUAAAAGAAAAGCAGACCCCAGUCCUAUCAAUUCAAUAGAUUCCUCUGUGUAUUCUGCCCCUGGUCCUAUAACUAUGACUACGGUGACAACCCCUGUGCUAUCUUCACAGACAGCUAUGCGUAGGGAAUCUGGUCGACAAAUUAAAAAACCUCGGGUACCUGAUGAAGGUAUUCUGUACUCUCAAAACACGACAUUACCAUCCGGAUCCGGUUCAAUUUCAGUAAUGUUUUAUUGUUAAGUGAUCCUAGUUGUACAAGGAUUUAAAUCUAUUAUGAAUUAUUUCAGGACGGGAAAACCAAAGAAAAAUUGACUGAAGCAUUGAAGGGUUGUACCGAAGUUCUUAAAGAAUUGUUUACCAAAAAACAUGCGGUAAUAAUACCCUAACGCUUGUUACAAAUGGUAUUUUAAAGAAUACCUGAUUGAUGUCUAAUCUGGUUUUAGGCUUAUGCAUGGCCGUUCUACAAGCCAGUUGAUGCUGCUUGGUUGGGCUUGCAUGAUUAUCAUGACAUAAUUGAGAAGCCUAUGGACUUGGGAACAGUAAAGGUAAUUUAACAUAUGUCCAGGUAAAUAUUAAUACCCAUUUUUAAAAAAAAAAUAUUAUAUAUUUUAUUAUUUUAGACCAAAUUAGAUAACAGAGAAUAUAAAAAUUCAAAAGAUUUUGCUGGUGAUGUCAGUUUAAUAUUUUCCAAUUGUUAUAAGUAUAAUCCUAAAGAUCAUGAUGUAGUUGCAAUGGCAAAAAAACUUCAAGCUGUAUUUGAAGCUAGGUUGGCUUUUAUUAUAUGUGAAAUGUUUAUUUUAAUUAUAAUUUUAUUUAAUAAACAUUUAACCAUUAAUAGAAUGUCAAAAGUACCGCCAGACCCACCAUUAUUAGAGUUGAAAAUGGAGCCUGAAGAUGAGAGUAGUUCAGAAGGAAGUUCUGGUUCAUUCAGUGAUUCAGACGAUUCUGAAGAUCUUGAAAAUUCUAGAAAAAUUCAAGAAUUUCAAGAAAAAGUGAGUCAAUUUAAAUUUCUUAAAAAAUUGAUUGUAUUUUUUAAUUCUGUGUAUAACAGAAACUAAUUACUUCUUCUAAGAUGUAUUUAUUUUCUUGAAUAAUUUUAGUUUUUGUUAUCAAAAGGGCUAUAUAUUUUUUCUGCCACAUUUCAGAACAUGAUUAUUUUUUCCAUAUAGUACUGUGUUUGCUAACAAUGGUCAUGAAUUAAAUUUUUACUUUUAAAGGCAGUUUUUGCAAUUUCCGGUUAAGUUGCGUUAAAAGUGUCUGUUACCUCCUGUAACGUUGUUAGUUAAGUGUUAAUUACGACAAUUCGUUCUUACAACCUUCGAUUAACGAUCAUAUAAUUAACAGGCAGUUUUACCGACAGUGAUUCCCAAAACAACCGCCUAUGACCACAUUUUAUUGUUCCACGCAUGUGCAAUUCUUGAGUUAUCAUUUAUCAUUUAUACAGUCAGAUAAUUCAUUAUAAAUAAUAUAAAUAUUUUAAUGUAAUUUUUUUUUUCUGGUUAUAAUACAGAACCCGGUAUUAUAAUAUUCAUAUCGAUUAUUGACUUAUUCUUCAUUAUAUAUUUAAUGUCUUAACUAUUUAAAACAACUUAAAAAAUUAUAAGAGACCACGUAGCAGUAAUUUUCCUACAACAGAUGUGACUACGUUGGUCGAGUUGGCUUCAAAACCAACUGUAUAAUAAUUUGGGGUAGUUCUUGUGUUCUUAAAAAAUGUUCAGUUUCCUAAUUGCAAUAUUCUAUUCUGACAUUUCAUUUUCGUAGUCUAAAGAAUCAUUUUCAAUCAAACCGCAGUUAUAUAUUGCUCUUUUUAUAAUUCUGACAAAAUUUAGAAUACAAUUAUCUAUUUUAAGAUUAUAAGAAGACAUUAUUCUGUAAGGGAAGACUAUGCCUUUUUCUAUUAUUUUAGAUACAAUGUUCAUUACAUAUUUUAGAAAUAAAAACUUAAUUCAUUAUUUUUAAUUAACUGUAACAUUUAAAGCGCAGUGUGUGUUGGUAGUUUUUGCUAUAUUGCCAGUUGGACGUAGACAGUACAUGCGAGUGUAGCAUCCUUUUAAAUAAAUUAAACCUGAUGUUAAUAAUAUUUAGGACCUUAAUGUUAUACUUAUCAAUAAUUUUACGUCAACUAACAUAUCAAUAGUCAUAAUUUGACAUAUUAUUAUCUGGUAAAUUUGGUAUAUUGUGUUAGUACUAUAUUUACCACAUUUAGAAAUUUUAACUACUAGCUUAUAAUAAGUACUAAUAUUAUUAGUUGAUGUGUGAUUUACCAGAAAUGUAUCUGUGGUUAUUUUAAAUUAGGAAAUAUAAUUUAAAUAGUUAUAAAUGUUUUUACAUGUUUGAUUGUUAUUAAAAUUUCAAUAUGAUGAAAUGUAUUCAUGUGCGUCAUUUGAUAUACUGUUUAUUAAGUUUAAUUAUACAUGUUUUUUGUGAAUUGAACUUUUAAAUGGGUAUCCAUUAUGAUAUGAAUUUUUGAUUCUGAAUUAAAUUUUGCAUUAUUUGUUGAUUAAAUUAAAUUAAUAUUAUUUUGUUCUAAAUUGUUUUAAUAUACAGACUUAUUAUUUCAAGGUUAGUUUUGUACAUUAUCGGCUGUGGCGGUAGCUAUGUGUGUGGGUAUGUUAGUAUAGAUAGGUUAUGGCGGUGUUGUUAGUGCCGAACCAAAGAAGAUUGCAUUAAACAAAUUGUAGUGAAUUUAUAAGAAACGUGGAUCAGAUAAGAUCUUUUUGUAUAUUUUUUAUAACAGUUCAAAUUUUAAUAAAAAUCAUCUCAAAACAUGCAUAAGUAAAAGAAAUUUGUUCAGAAUUGUUUUUCACUAGAAUUAGUUUAUUGUUUUGUACAGAGAUAAAUUAAUUAUCCAACUUUUAAAACAGGUUUUUAGUUGGGAUGAAAAAAUCCCAAUUAACUUUUUGUAGACUGUGCAAAAUUAUACUUAUCAUAAGUUUUAAAUAUGUGUCAAUUAUAUUUAUUUGUAUAAUUUUGAGCUGGUGAAAAUCUUAAAAUUUGGUAGCCUUGGCUUUUUUAAAAUAUAAUACUUAAAAACAUAAUUCAAAUAAUUGAAAGAAUGAAGAAUAACAUUCUUGCGUUUUUAGUUAUAAGGUACUUUUUACAAACUAGUAAAUACAUUGUUAUGGUUAAAUUUUUUAUAAAAAUAAAAGAUUUUUUGUUUUUUAUUUAUUUAUUACACAUUUAUUUAAGCAUGAUGAAAUAUUUAUAUUCAUGUGCGUCAUUUGAAUUUGCCAUAUAAUAGUUCAAUAAUGCAUGUUUUAUGUGUGAUUGAACUGUUGUGUAGUUAUUUAAUUAUGAUAUUAAUUAUAACUUCUGAAAUUAAAGAAUGUGUGUAUUUAGUAUAAGGAACAUUUAAAUGCAUAUAUGUAAUUUUUAAAAUUUGUUGAAUGCUGUUUAUGGAUUUUAUAUUUAAGUUUUUUUUUUUUUUUGAUACAAGAAGAUACAAGUUGGAAUCUUAUAUUCAUAUAUUUCUGUCCAACUUGUACAUAUAAUAAAAUAAAUAAAUUAACAAAAAUAUACCAAGAAUAUGAUGAUAAUUUAUAUUCAUGUGCGUCAUUUGAUAUUCCAUUAUUAUCUUUAUUAUGCAUGUUUUAUGUAUAUUAAACUUAAUUUUGGUUUUAAUAAUGAUAAAAAUGUAUGUAUUCUGAAACUGAAUUAAUGUAAUUAUAUUAUAGUUCUGAAAUGAAAAUAUUGUGUUUUUAAUAUAUUUUGUAUUUAUUUAUUUAAUUUUGUUAUUUUAAAUCUUAUUUCAGUUAAAUGCUCUUCAAGAUCAAAUGAAAAAAUUAAUUGAAGAAAGUGCUAGGAAGAAAAAACAAAAGAAAAAUAGCAUGAAUAAUUCAAAAAAGAAAAAACAUUCGUCUAGUGACAAAUUAAUUGCAUCUGCAUCUAAACCCCCAUUAGCUGUUACUUUAAAUAGUAUGCCCAUGAAUACUAUGGCUAAUUCUACAAUUAAUAAUGAUAUUAAAAUGCUACCAAGUGAGCCGCCUAUGAAUGCUAAAACAGCAGUACAACAGGUGCGCCCCUCUAUGACUAAUAUUUCAGCUGUCCAAAAUCCUAAAGGAGCUAAAGGUAAAGGCACUGGUACUAGAGGUCCAACUAAAGCCCCAGCACAACCAAAAAGGCCGAGGGUUAAUUCUAAAGCAAAUAAUCCGAAAAAGAAAAAUUCUGUUAGUGCCCCAGCUUUUGACUCUGAAGAUGAAGAUAAUGCUAAACCUAUGUCUUAUGAUGAAAAACGUCAAUUGAGUUUAGAUAUUAACAAACUACCUGGUAUUUAUUUAAAUUGUUUAAAUUGUAGUUAAUGUGUUAUAUUUAUAUGUAUUUUAUGAUAGGAGAUAAACUUGGCCGAGUUGUACAUAUUAUCCAGUCUCGUGAACCAUCACUUAGAGAUUCUAAUCCAGAUGAAAUUGAAAUUGAUUUUGAGACCCUUAAACCAUCAACAUUACGAGAACUAGAGUCUUAUGUGGCUUCAUGUCUGAGGAAAAAACCACGUAAGCAGCAAAACAGUAAGUUUGGGUUUUGGCCUAGUUCUUCUUGUUAUUCUUUUUACUUGUUAUUUUAUCAUAGAAUUAAAUAUUUUUCUCUUGAUCUACAUAGUAAUGUAAUUAAAACAUUUAUUCAAUGAUAUUUUAAAACUGGUUAUAAAUUGCACUAAUUUUAUACUUAAUUGUAUAAAGAUCAUUUUAAAUUUACAGAUAAAAAGGUUUCUGGGAAAAUUAAAGAAGAGCUUGGCGAGAAAAAACAUGAUAUUGAUAAACGAUUAGAUGUUACUGGACAACUAUCUACCAAAAAAGGCAAGAAAGGUAAUUUAUUUAAGUAAAUUUGUUUAUUAAUAUAUAUAUAUAUAUCUAUAUCUAUUUUGUUUUUAAUAGAUAUAUAAAUGUACAAUUAUUUCAUGUUUUGCAGACCCUAAAGCUACAGAAAUUGGUGGUCCUUCUCGGUUAUCAGCAUCUAGUUCAAGCAGUUCAGACUCAGAUUCAAGUUCUUCCAGCUAUUCUACAUCAUCAAGUGAUUCAAGUGAUUCUGAGCAUGGUAAGUGAUCUAGCAGUAUUGUGUUAUAAAUUAAGUGAUAACAUUUGCAAGUGAAAAAUAUGUUAUAAUAUUUUCAAUAAAUAUCAAAUCAAAAUAUCUCUUUUAUUAAAGGCCUGCUAUUAUAUUUUUGCUUUAAUUUACAUCAUUAUUUAUUAGCUGAUUGCUUUGUGUUAAAAACACUUACAUUUUGGUUUGUUUCAAAUCUUAAUUAUUUGUUUUCUAUGUUUUAAUAUUAUCUGGUUAGCGUAUUUGUUUUAAAUAUGAUUUCUAUUAGUAUAUUGUAUUUAUUUAGAUAUUCUUUAAUCAUGUGAAGUUUUAAUUGGUCUUAUAUCAUUAUUUUAAAAAUUAAUGUUACUUAUAAUGGUAUGAUAGCGCUCUACAUCAAUUAUGAAGCAAUUUGGGUUUUUGGUAAUAUAAACUAUUUAAAAAAUACAAUUUGUUAUAUAUGUAACUUAAUUAUGAGUUUUUAUAUAUCAGGUCAGUUUUAAUUUUAGAUUUGUGUGAAAUAUGUUUGUUUCUUAUCUAGUUGUGUGUUUAUAUUUGUUUUAUGUAAAUUGAGUUCUCAAUGUAAUACCAGAUGGUCUUGCUCCCAAAAACUUUAAGAUAUACAACACUUAAUAUUUUUAAAAUGUGUUCAAUAAAAUGAUAUUAAAUGCCAAAAAAAAAUGUAAAAAUAUGUUCAAAAAUAUCAAAAGAUGCAACAAAAUAUCUAAUAAUAUUUAUUAAAACCGUUAAAAACAAAUUUGGAUGAAUAAUUUAAUUAAAAAAUAGUUAUAUGUAUUAAGAAUGUAUAAAUUGAAAAAAAAAAAAUGUAUUUGGUUUUACUUUCUUAAAUGUGCAAUUACACGGAAUGAUCAUUGCUUUUGAAAUAUUUUUAAAGCUUACAAAAUUGUUAAAACAUGUUUAUACUUCACUCAGCAUCUACUGAUGUAAUGGGUGCCUAUUUGAAAUAAGUUAAAUCAUCAGGCGAUAAGUUUUUUUCUGUUUUGAUAGUAUUAUUUAUCUUAACAAUUUAAAAUUGUUUAUAUUAAACUAUUAUACCGUUAGGUGUAUACACAAAAGCACUCACUGAGGUGUACAAUCUAUGUGUGUAUUCUUUCUAUAGUUUUACUGAUUUAGUACACACAGGUAUUAGGUACUUCCUAUCAAUAACAUUUAUCGAUAUAGAUAAAAUUUCUGAAAUAUUAACUGAAAUAGAUGCUAAUUCAAUGUUAAAUGUCAAAUAAAACCUAAAAUAUGUGCUAUAAAAUAUGCUUUGAAAGAAAAAUUGAUCAAAUAAAAUAUACAUAAAAGUUUUGCUUUUGUAUUUUUUAGUUAUAAUACAUUUCUAUCAUAUUCUAUAACUUUAAUUAUUGAAUAAAAAAAUACAACAAAUGCUUGGACAUGCACCCUUUAUUUGUAACUAACUUAGUGUCUUAAAAACAAAUUUAUUUAAGAAAAAGAAAAUUAGAAACUAUUACUAUACAUUUUUAAAAAUUGUUUUUUAUAGCAAACAUAUGUUACUUGUAAAACAUACAAAACCUAAAUCUCCUAUUUCAUUUAAUUAUGAAAACUAAAUCUAUACCAUAUUUCUUAGAAUAUAAUGUAUUUUAAACUUAACUAAACCAACUUAAUUUUAGUGUUGAGCUACUUUUAAUGUUUAUAUUGGGAAAGACUAAACAAUUUAUUAUUAAUUUAAUUUAAUAAAUUAUAAAAAAAUUAUUUUGUGUAUGAUAGAUUUUAGAUAUUUAAUUACAAGUUUGCAGAGUGUUCUUUUUUUUUAUAAAUAAAAUGUAAUUGUGUCGAGUGAAUUUUUGGAAUGUGUUAAACUAUGUUCUAGAAUUGGGAACAAACAUAUUUUAUUAAAAAAAAACUUGCCUUAAAUAUAGUUUAUUUAUAUCAAUUAAUCUAAAUUGUAUUAAGGUAAAAUAAUAAGAUAGCUUAGUUGCCCCCUCCCCCUCCCCCCUUUUUGUUUUGUUUCUGGAUUUGGUAUCGACCAAUUUGACUAUACAUUUUAUAUUUAUAUUUCUUGUUUUACAAUUUCACCUUUUUUAUGCCAACUAUUUGAGGUCAACGACCCUCAUCCUUAAACUUACACUUGACCCAGUGUCCCACCUUGCUAGUGCACAAUCAUUCUUAAUGCCAUCUAACCACCUCUUUUAGUCUCUUUCUCUUUCAUCCUACUUUCAUUUUCAUUAAAAUUCUUACUACUCUAUUCUUUCAUUUUGUCUACUAUAGAAACCAUAACUAAGCUGCUCCUUUUCCUAUCUUCUCUCAUCACUACUCAUCAACCUAAUUAUUCUCAACAUCCUUUUACUCAUUUUUUUUUUAUUGUUCAAUACUUGUAACCAACCAUUAAUAUGUUUUCGCCUCACUUUUAAAGAACUUAAAAUUAAGUCUCGAUGGAAUCCUCUUAUCACAAUCUCUCCACGAACCUCUCCAUUUUACCUAAUUACAUUUAGUCCAGUGUUUCACAUUCUUGUCAAAGCCAUCAUUCUUUUGUAUAAAAGAUACUAGGUACUUAAAACUCAUAACCUCAUCUAUUACGUUACUGCUUAUUGUUGUUAGCUGUCUUUGUCCUGUUUCUCCAAACUCAUACUCUAUAUUCUGUUGUACUUCUACUUAUCCUUACUCCCUUGUUUUAUAUGCUACUUUCCAUUUCUCCAGUCUAUUUUAAAUUUUUUUAUCCAUGCUGUAUUAUCUGUAAACAUGCACAAUGAUGACUCCUCUUGCCCUUUGUUUCGACACACGAUUAAUAUAAGACAAUCAGCCAAAGUAUUGUUUUAAACUCCUCAUACUUACAGCUUUUACACUGGAUGUCAACAUUAAAAUAUUUGCUUUGAUAAUUUUGAAAUUUCUGUAAUAUAUGUUUAUAUUUGCUGAGCUACCCAGUAUUGACCAAUUAUUUAUUUAUUCACACUAAUCUAUUAUUUAAAAAUAAAAUAAAUUUAACCAUAGUGUUACUGUUAUUUUACUAUCUUAUUUUCUCAACUAAAUUUAAGUAUUAUAUUUAAUUAAUAUAUAAUACUAGUUCUAUAUAAACAACUUUUAAUAGUUAUUGCAAAUACCUAUGGUUAUUUCAUAGUAUACCUUAUAUUAGCUUAGCAAGUUGUAAUUAAUUUUCAAGUUUUGUUUAUGGAUGAAAUUUAUUUUAAAACAAAUACAAUUUUCUUAGCUUAUUGAAUUGGUAAUUAUUUGCAGAGUAUGAAUUUAAUAUUUAUUUAUUUUCAGAUAGAUAUAUUAUUUAUUAAUUAAUUUUUUUAAGGUGUAUACAUACACACACACAUACACUUUAAUUGUUUUUCCGGAGAUUUUUUUUUCAAAAUAUUUAUUUUGUUUGGUAUGGUGUUUUGUAAUCCAUACUUUUAUCUCCAUUAACAAAGAUUUUCGCAAAUAUAUUAUAUUUGCAAUUAUAUAACUAGUAUAAUUGUUAAAAAUAAUCCAUGUAUACAGGUUAUAAUUUUUAUAUCCUAAAAAACAAAAAUUAUUUUAAAUGAUUAUUCAAAAAUAUAACAAUAAAAUAAAUAAUACAAAUGUGUAUAAAACAAAGAAAAAAAUUAGUCUGGGCUAUUAUAAUAGGUUGUUUGUAUUUAUUUAAUCUUAAAGUUUUUAGUGUGUGUUGAUGAGAAAUUCUAGAAGUAAGUAUUCAUUUAUGAAAAAUGUGUUUUGUAUAGGUAUGAAUGGUUUCGAUUUAAAAAAUCAUCAAAUUGUAGUAAACAAUGGCAAAUAAAUGAAACAUUAACUACCAUAACUAUUUAUUGUAAUAUUAUUUGAUGAUGAUUUCGAUCAAAAUCAAAACUGAUCAAAAAUACACAUCCUAUUUAUUAUUUGGUUUAUAGUACCACCUAUUAUAAUGUUCUAGGCAGUCAUAAUUUUUUUAUUUUAUUGUUGUAUGUCCUACCGACGUUAUUGUAUUCAAUAGUUGACCUUAUUUAUUCAGCAUAUACCUACACUGUUAUAUCUGAGGAAGUCAACCGAAGAGAAUAUAUGUUUAGUAGAUGUGUUAGUUAUCUUAAGAACAUUCAUAAUUCUCCUCCAUCCAAUUUCUUAAUUUUUUUUUUCAAAAGGAAUUGAAGCAGUCAAGUAACAUAAUGUUCUUUACAGUUUUAAAAAUCCUGCUUUUGAUCCAAGUAUUGUGAACAAAUAUUUUUUCUUUUUCAUUGUAGUAACAAUGACAAAUUGGGCAGUCUUUAAUAUUAUCCAUAUUUAUGUUGAUCAUUUUAAUUUUUGCAUUGCAUUCAUUAUUACAUAUCAAUGAUUAUAAAGUAACUAAUAGUUUUCCUUUUUAUCUGUGUAGUUUAUAGUUGUGUAUGUAUGUAUAUAUGUAUGUACAUACGUAAGGUUGCAUGUAUGUGAUUAUUUGGUGGUUAUGGUUCUGAAAAUGAACCUUAGUGAUGUGUUUUAAAUUUAAUAAGUAGAUUCAAUUUUCAAAAUCAACAAUUUUUGUUUGUCUCUUGUAGGUGAUGCAAUAACCGAUAAAGGGGUGAAAAAACCGGAAGGCUAAAUUUCUGGAGAUCUAUUUUAAAUUAAAGUAUUUCAGGGAUUAGGCUAGAGUGCAGAACAUGUGAGCAUUUGUUUUUAAGUUAUUAAUGGUGAAAUAUGUUUUUAAUCUUAUUUUAAGUACCAUGUCAGUUUUUUUUAGUGAUUCCUCCCCUUAUUGAUUGCAAACAAUGCACAUUCUUAAUGGUUUGAAUUUACUGAAUGAAAAUAAUAAUUGUAAUUUUUUAUUGUUUGCACUCUUAGCCUUCGUCCCUAAUUCAUAAAGACAGUUAUACAUUUUAUAUUUUUUUCAAGAUAAUUAUUUUGUAAGUUGAAUUUAAUGAAAACCCGUCCAUGUUUUUCUUUUGUACUUUUUUUUAAAAUUAUUUUUUAUUGUAUUUAUGAUGCCAUAUUAGAUUAAUGUAAGUAACACAUUACUUAUCUUUCUUAUGCCUAAUUACCUUAAUGUGUUCAAAACAAACUUAACAUUUUUAACUUUUAUUUUGUAUAAAAAAAUUGACAUGAAAAAUCUUUAUGUAACCUUGUAAAUUAUUAAUUUUGUAUACUUAAAUAAUAUACAAAACAAAUUUAAUAAAAUGUAUAUAUUUUUAAAUUUAUUUGUUAAUUUAUAAUUUAUGCUCACAUUUGCACUCUGGUUUAUUAUUUUAUAAUGAUAAACAAAAUUGGGCAAUACAUAUAUUUAAGUUUUAAUGGGUACCUAAUAAUAUUAUUUAUUGUUUUAAUGUUUGACUGUUUUAUUUCAGUUGAAUACUAUUACUAGCAUUAUUAAAUUAUAAUGAUCAUAGUAUUAGUAUAAUAUGUAUAAUAUACACAUUAUAGCGUUUAUUCAGUGUAUUUCAUUCAAAUGGUAACACAAAAUAUUUCAGCUAGGUAGAUAGUAAUGGAUUUUUAAAGGAAUAGUAAUAGAGAGGAGUAAAGUACACAUUUUGAAUCAAUUUUCAAGAUAUUUAACCCUGUGAAACACAAAUUUGUAAUUAAACUUAGAUUUUCUUAAUGAAAAAAUUAAUAAAAAAAAAAAAAAAACCUAUUUUAAUUUAAGCACCAGAUCCAAUUUCUUAUUUUGUAAAAUCAACUCUCCUUCACUCCCUAUUUCCAUUGUGACAAUAAAAUACAAUUCAAUUUACAAAAAAUUACAUAAUUAUUUUUUCUCUUUAGCGCAACACAAAAGCAAUAAUGCAGGGGACUGAUGUCAAUUGCUUGAGAAAUAAUUGUCAAUGUGUCUUAUAUUAUUUCACACAUGAUAGAAUCUUGGAUUUUGAACAGUCUUUUUAAGUUUUUACACUAUUUAAUUUUAAAUAUUAAACUAUAUUUGAAUCUAUAGACAAAUAUCCAUGUAUAAAAUUACAAAAAGACAAAAUAUACCAGAAACACAGACUAUGCUUAUUGUGUUGGGCUCUAUUAAAAUAGUUAGUAAACUUCUAAACACCAGUUUGAAAACAUAGGGAGACACGGGAUAACUAUUCAUGGGUAAGAUAUAAAUGCAUUUUUAAACAUUUCCAGAAAAAAAAGAUGAUAUGGAGGAAAUUUUAAUUUAAGUUUUACAUUUUUUGUUCGUUCAAUACUGAUAUGGACAACACUGUUUGGGACUAGUUUUAAAAUAAGAUAGGUCCAUUAUUUUUUUAAAUUUAAUGCAACCAUUAUAUUAAUUAUCUAACUAUACUAUUCUGUCAACUACUAUACAUCAUGAUAAUACAAUUUGUUUAUACUUAUAGCAGGGGUUUCAAUCUUUUUAUUACACACCACUAUGUGUAUUAUGGAUCUGUCAUGCACCAUGUAUGACUAAAAAUUGAACUAUUUUUAAUGCCUAUUUAAUUUAAAAAUGAUUAAAAAGCCAUCAAAAGAUCGAAUAUUUAUAAAUUCAGUUUUCGUACUACUACCAUGCGACUUUCUACUUACCACAGUUUGAGAACUGCUGCUAUAUUGUAUUUUUUUAUGUGGAUAAAAGUAUUAAUAAAGAUGAUUACAAAAUCAUAUAAUUUUAAACUUUAGGUUAAACAAUUUAAAGUAUUUUUUUUAAAUAAAAAAAAUAUAGUUAUAUUUAAAAGGAAAAAUACUAUUUAAAACAGAUUCUAAAAAUAGGUUGUUCCCUUUAAAAAAGUUAUUUAGUGUACACCAAAUGUAGGAAGUAAUAUUUUAAAAGUAGGUUUUGAAUGUGUAAUUUGGUGUCUCUAAUAUUCCUAAAAGGAACCAUUUUAAUCUAAGGCAAUCCAGCUGAAAUAUUUUGUUUCACUACUUGAGUAAAACAUACUGUAUCUUUGUAUAUAUAGGAUAAUUUUUUUAAAGCAUAUUCACUAUAUUGUAUUAAAUUAUGUAUAUAUUUAAAUUCUGAUUUUUGGAAUUUUUAUUUGUAGUGAAAGAUAAUACUUUUGAAUACUUGAAUUUUUCACAUUUAAGCAGUAUCCUGUAGUUAUAUUAACUUGAUUUUUCAAAUUAAAACCUCUAGUUUUAAUGUAAAUUGUAUGUUGGUUGAUUUUUUUGAAAUUAUUGAAGUUAUUCUAUUUAACUAAGGAUAAUAUUCUAUUAAAUACAUUGUACAGUAUGUGUCUGAUAAAGUGCUUAUUAAUAAGUGUAUCCAAAAUCAGUUGCGGUUAGUAGUUUUGCCAUGCAGUGUAGGUUUGUUUAUUUUUAUAUUAUAAAUUUAGAAAAAUAAACUGCAACAACUAACAAUAUUUAAUAGACUUAUCCUUAGUAUUUAAUUCUGACAUUUUUCAUUCAAAUUUUUAAUGCAAUACAUUCAAAUUUACUGAAAAAUCAUCAGAUUCACAAUUUGGAUUAAAAUCAAAAAACUUGUAUUCGUUAAAACUUGUAAAUCCAUUUAAAUGUUCUGAAAAAUCUAAGUAUUUAUAAUAUUGUCAUUUACAACAUUUAAAAAUUCCAAAAAUCAGAAUUUGAAUAUGUGCAUAAUUUAAUUAUACAAAAAGAGUGAACGUGCUUAAAAAACAAUGUAUAGUUUAUAUACAUGUAUUUUGUGUUAUUUAUAUAAAUAUUUUUGUAUAUUUUACAAAAGUUCUAUUAACAAUUUUGCAUAAAAUUUUAGAAAUUUAUGUUCUACAGUUAAUCAUAAUGCUUUAGAACUAUUUUAUAAAUAAUUAUUAAUGAAUACUGUUUUGAAUAAUUACAAUUAUUGCUCAUUUAACAAUUAGUAGUACAAUUAAUUUUUAAUUCUUAUGAACAUGGCCGAAUUAAAACUAUUUUUUAAUAACAUUUAUACUCUAUACAGUCAGCUACUUUUUUUUAUAAAUUUAUUAUUAUAAUAAAACAAUUGUUUAUCUAUUAAAUUAAUGACUAUUAUUUUUUAAUAAAUGUUUACCUGCAAGUUAUAAAGUUAAUGAAAUUUGUAUUAUUGUUUUAAUAGUUUGACCAGUUAGUAUGAUAAAUAAUAUAAAAAUAAUCAAUUAUGACAUUGUACUUUAUUCAAUAAUAUUGUUUUUUUUAAAAAUAUAAUCUAUAAUGGAGUAAAAGUUUCAUUAGAACAUUCUAAUAAUUUGCUGAGUAGUUAAUUAUUGUAUCAGCAAAAGUGCAAUGUAAAUUUAUUUUUCAGUUUUAAUAUUAAUAAUUAUGUAAAUAUUCAUAGUUCUUAUUUCUCUUCCUAUUUCUAUAUGAAUUUCUUUUAUAGUUCCUAUUCCUUUUCAUAUUUACAUUAUCAAAAUUGUACCUUUAUUCCACCAUAAAUAAAUAUUAACUUUUAGCUAUUCAAUUUAUGAUAUGAUGAUUUAACUUUAGAUGGAUUAAUACUUUCUUGGACCAAUGUUUUAUUGGCUACGAGAAUUCGAGUUUGAACUUGGGAAUUUGAAAAAAAUUAGAUUUUUUUAUGUAUUUUUUGUUAUUAGAUUUAUUUUAUUUUCAUUACUAAGUAAACCUGAUACAUGUUAUGUGUAUCUAAUUAAAAGAAUAUUAUUUGUUAGUUAAUAUCUAUUUAAGAUUUAAUGCAAAGGACACCAUAUUAAGAAGAAAUAGUAAUAAGUAGGCAAUCUAAAAACCUUCACGGGGUAAUAAUUAUAAAACUACCAUAAUAUUCAUUAAAUACCUAUGUUUUAUUCUUAUUUAAUUGCACAAUCAUGUAAUUCCUUCAUUUUGUAUUGCUUUGCGAUGAUUGAUGUACGUUAAAUGUGGGAUAUUUAUUUAUAUGAAAUAACUUAAAUAAUUAACACUACAAUGAAAAAAAUGUUAAAAAUAUAUUAUAUAUUAUCUGAUAAUAUAAAGGUGUCUUCAAAUAUUUAAAUUUUAACUUUUUAUAGUUUUUUAUCUGUAUUUUUCAUCAUAUAAUAUUAUUAACAUAAUAUAAUUUUUACAACGAAAAAAAAAUACCAAGUAUUUUCAUUUUUUAAGGUGGCAACAAGCAAAAAAAGAAGAAACGUUUGUCCGACGACGUGUCGAUAAACGUGAGUAUCAUUCUUUUUUCCUUUGUUCCAUUAGUUGUGUUUCUUCAAUUGUCGGUUUGUGGUUUGUUAUAGAAAUCGGCUGAAGGCCAAAAAACGACAAAUGCUAUGAAACAAACAGGUCCAACCUCAACAUCCGUCAAUUCAAUCAACAAACCAGUUGUUAACGCUCAACCGAGUCAGUAUUUAAAUUUUAAUGUAGAUAAAGAUUUUUAUUUUUGAAGUUUACAUAAUUUUCGUUUUGGAUUUUGGUGCAUGUUUUUUUCCCAGUUUACGUUUUUUACUUCUGCAUAUUUUUGGGUUUUGUUAUAGUGGUAGGUGUGUAUGAUAUUAAUAUUGCAUGUGCUACAUCACACUUGAUUAUGAUCUCAGUUUUUAUUGAUUUUUUAUGACUAUUAUUUGAUUUGCAAAAUUGUUUGGUGAGCUUAUUAUUUUUUUUUUGGUUAUGUGUGUUAUUAUUGCAUAACAAAAUACGCUUUAUUGUCUUAUUAUUAUAACCAAAUUUUUACUUUUUGGUAAAAUUAGAUACUUUUGAAAAUAUGUCAACAACAUAUCGACUUUUAAUUCUUUAUAUUUUUGCUAAUAAGAAUGAAAUAAAAAUUCCUGUUAUUUAUUAUUAUUAACAGAGUACAACAUUAGUUAGCAUAGUUUAAUCAUUUACAAUGCAUGUAUUUAAUACAGCACUUUCAAUGAUUUUUUUUAAAAAAAUACUAUAGUAAUAAAUAAUUGAAAGAAAAAAUAUUUAUUAAUUUUGGUAAUUAAUUUUAUAUUGACUAUGAAUUAAUAUAAUAAUUUUAGUAUUAGUAUAUAGAAUGAUUCCUUGAAAAGGUAACAUUCAAUAAUUCUGUUCACUGAUAUUGGAUUGAAGUGAGCAUGUUUUCAAAUAGUUCUAUUGAAUUACACAUUUGUUUACAAUUUUCCAUAUUUUUACCUUUUUAUUGUGCACAUGUACAAUGCAACUUGCAUUUUUUUUUAAAUAGUAACACCUACUUUCAACAACAGAUUUGGACAGACAGAAAUUGUUUAAGUCAAUUAGGUCCUAUUUACAACCAAAAUUAAAAUUGACUAAAUUACAAGUUCAAGUUUUGAUUAAUAUUAUUGAAUUUUUCAAUAAUCAUCUUAGAAUUUUAUGAAUUAUUAUGCAAUUUCACAUUUUUUUUUAAAAAUUUAAAUUCAAAUAAUUUAAUAAUGUUUGCAAACCUACGAGUACAAAAAAAUAUGCAAAAUUACAUGAUAUAAUUCAUAAAAUUCUAGAAUUAUUGUUGAGAAAUUCAAUAAUAUUAAUCAAAACUUAAAUUCAUUGUCAUUUAGUCAAUUUUGAUUUUAGAGCUAUAACAAAAAGGACCAAAUUGACAAAAAAUGUCUGUCUAUCUAAAUCUGUUGUUUCUAGUGUCACUGGACAGAAUUAUUGAGUUUUACCUUUAACAAAAAUUACACUGUGUAUUUGUAUAAUAUUAAUUUUUAAUUUUUAUUUAAUUUUAACUUUUAACUUUUCAUUGCCUGUUUAAUCAGUAAACAAUUCAAAAAUAAGUUAAUAUAAUUUAUUGACUUUAUUUGUACAUGUUUAUAGUAUUAUAUUAAUUUCAUAUUUUGCAUGACUAUUAUAUUAUAUUGAAAAAAGAAAUUCUGCAUUCGUGCUUUGUAAUAUUACAACUACUUUGUAUUGGGUUAUUUCAUUUUAAACUUAUUGCCCUUUUAGCUUUCAAGUGUUAAAUUAAGUUUAUUGAAAUAUUAUUUGUUUUGUUGUAUACUGUCAUAGUGUUUAAUUAUUUUAAUUUUUUAGAUGUCCCAACAAAAAAACCACCAAUUGUAACAAAUCCAUUGGCUAUGAACACUGCCAAGACCAAUCCUCCAGUUACCCCUAAACCAACACCAGUUGUCUCUACUGCUCCAAGUCUUCCCGCAACCAACGGAAAUAUAUCUAGUAACUAACCCUUGUUUUUAUUUUGUGUUAUUUAUUGAAAAGUUAAUUUUUUUAUUUAUAUUAUUAAUUAACUAAUAUUGAAAGUCAAACCUAAUCUUUUUUUAGAUGGAGAUUCAAAUAAUUCAUCAAUGACCCAAGAUAAUAUAACGUCUAAUGGAAUUCUAUUACAGCCUACUUUAGUUGAAGUUAAAACAGAACCUGGACUUCCAUUGAGCAGCUCUUCACAAUCUAUGGCUUCCCUUGGGAACAUGCAUAGUGAUAAUACAGUACUCUCAACAAUGGGAUCAGUAUUUGAUCCUCUUACACCUCCUAGUAGUCAGCCCACCAAUAAUAAUUCUUUACGUGUCCCUGACAAACAGGCUGCACAUACUAUAGUACCUACAUCUAACAUGCAUAAUACCUUAGUUAAUGAUGGUAAUUUUAGUUAUUAUUAUUUUAUUUGUUUAUAAUGAAUUAUUCAAUGUCAUAAAGCAUGUAGAUUUUACAAAACUAAAUAUUAUAUUAUGAUUAAUUUAUGAUAUAUGAAACAGGGUACUUAAAAAAUGUAAAAUGGUUGUAGGACUUUCAGCAGUACAGCAUGUUGAUAUAGCACCAGUUAUGAACUCUGUUGCUGCUGUUCAUCAUUCAGUUGGACCACCAUUAAUGGUUCAUCCUACAAUGGAUAACAAGGUUCGGCCAUCACCGAUAACCCCAGUUAUUCAAAAUACAAAUCAGGUAAUUUUCUGAUAAAAUUUCUGAUAUGACUAAUAUUGAAUACUUAUACGUUUUAUUUAUAAACAUACGCAUAUAUUUAAUUCAAUUUAACAUAUUGUGUGACAUUCAUUGUAAAUUGUGUAUUGAGGGUAACUUUUUAAAAAUACCACCUUUUAUUUAUAGACCGAUUUUUAAGAGUAAUCCCUUCUAUGAUUUCAUCAUCCUAAAAUAUUUAAUAUUCAAAUAUAUGCAUUAAUUAACUAAAAUUUAAUAUAUAGGAAUUAGUUUUAGAUUCUUAGCGAAGCAAGUGGAAUCUAUUGGUUUUUACUAUGCUGUGUGCAAUUUGUUUUUCUUUUUGAGAUUUUCUAUUCUAAUAAAGUCUCCAAUCCAAAGGUCUUUUUGUAGGAUUAAUAGGUUUUUUUUUAUUGUGUUUUUAAUAAUUAGAAAGAAUAGGAAAAUUGUAUAUAUUUAUAGCAAUAUAAGUUUUAUUAUUUUCUAUUUGAUUUUCUAUCAGGAAUCUUAAACGAGAAACUCAAGAGUAAUAACUUUUUUGAAAGACAAUUUUUUCUAGUUGCUGUAUAGUCAUUAGUUAAUUAUCCUUGUUGUUUUAAUAACUAGGAAAAGCAAAAAUGUACGGUAAUAAUGAUUAAAUGUUUUAUUGUGAUUUGGUUCAAUAUAAUCUUAAAAACCUGAACUUUUUACAAAAAAUUUAUACUGUCAUUUUCUUGAUUUGGUAAAAUUUUCUAAAUAUUUUUUAAGCUUUGAUUUAUACAAUCAUUUAUAUAACAAAUUUUUUACAUUUUUAUUUGGAUAAAACUGUUGUUUUGGCCGAUUGAUAAUACUUGAAAAUUUAACACGAUUUAUCAUGAAAAUCUUAAAAAUCAUGGAAUUUUAAAACAUGAUGUUCAAUCAAACUUCGCUCAGAAUCGUAUUCCGUUAGUAAUGAUUUGUUAUUGCAUACAGAUAUAAAUUAAAUAAUUUAAUGUAUUCUACUUUCUAACUUUUUUAAAAUUUUAUAUUUCGUGAAUUUCAGUUAUAACAAUGUGUAUAUUUUUAUUUCAGCAAAAAUUUUAAGGUUAAUAAAAAAAGGUUCUGAUUUGUUCAUGUCAUACCUUUAAAAACUUGGUUUUUCACUUUGUUUCACCUUGAACUUUCAAAAAAUUCAUCUUAAGCAAAAAAUAGCUUUUAUAUAUGUAAAAAAAAAAAAAUACUCUUCGUAAUACAAAUGCUCCAAUUUACAGGUCUCUGUCUUGUUUAUUUUUUUCAAAAUAUACAUUUUUGUACCUUUUUGUUACAAGGGUAAACAAGACAUAUUUCUCCGCUCAGAAUCAUUCUUCCAUUUGUAUACAGUAUAUAAAAUAAAUUACAUUGUGUAUCCUAUCUGGUCUAAAUAUCUAUCUGUAAUAUUAAAUUUGUUUACAAGUUAUUGCUGAAUGUCCAAAAAUAGGUACCUUGUUAAUUUUAUGCCUUAGAAAAUAAGCAUAAUGCUUUGUUAAUUGUAUAAAUCAAUAUAUAUUUAUACAAUACACCUAUUUUAUACAAUUUAUGGAAAUUAUACGUUUUGAAAAGCUACUCUUUAAGUUUUAAGAUUUAACAUUUCCUAAUUGAAAAUAUAAUUGCAUAUAUUAACAAUGUCUAUUAAUACAUGAUUUUGUUAAUAAUUAAUAGUUAUUAUUUACAAUGUAAUUGAAAUUUUACCUUUUCAAUUGGUUAUAUUUAAAAUAGGAUAUUUUGGUGUUUUUACUGUUGCAAUAUUAUGAAUUAGUAUUUAAUAAAUUUUGAUCAAUUUUUUUUUUUUUUUUUUUACUAAAAUAUAUUAAGUAAUAUAUUAAUACUCAUUAAAAUAUGUUUAUUGCUUUGAUUAUAUUUGUCAUAAUGGUGAUGGUUAAAUAGUUUAAAAUUUAAUUAGUGACAGUAAUGCAGCAAAAGUAUCCUAAAUAUACAUGAAUAUUUAACAUUAUUAACCUUAACACUAAUUUGGGGUUUAGGUAUUUCCACAGUUCAAUUUAGAUUCCUCUCCUCAGGUAGCAGCAUCAUUUAUGGGACCAUUACGUCACCACCACCACCACCACCAUCUACAUUCUUAUCCUGUCCCAUGGGAUCCUAAUAUUGGGCCUUCCUAUGACACUGCAGAUGUAAUUAUCACAUUUUUUGCUUGAUGAACAAACUUUUUUGCAUUAGUGAAUUUGGCUAUUGAAAUAAUAAUACUUCCGUUGUAGUAAUUUUAAGCAUGAAUUUAAUUUAUUUGCUAUUAAUAGAUCUUGUAAAAUAUAUCUAUUAUAGGUGGUUAUUUUUUUUUAGAUUCUAAUUGCUGCAAGGAAUAUAUUUGUGGUUUAACUAUGAUGAUAUGUACAAAAAUUUUUUGUCAACCAAUUAUAUACUAGAAAUCUUCUUCCAAACAAAAAAUAAAUUUUUUUAGCAUUUUGAAUUUGGUUGGUACAUUGAGGGAAUUAUAUUUUUAUUUUCAUGAUAACUGAUGAAGAAUGUGAUGAAAAACUAACAAAUUUACAGCAUCAAAGUUUUAUUAUUUUACAUUUCAUUUUUCUUUAAGAAAUGUUGUUUUGAAUUUUUAAGCUUGGCGUUUUCUGAGUGUAAAAUGUUGUCUUUGUUGGUAUACAUGGAUGAGAAUUUUCGAUUUUUAAUGUGGUUUUCCUAAUAAUUCUGUAAAAAAACAAGAAAAAAAUUAACUUUUAUUAUGUAGAUCUUUUUUUUUCUAAUUUGGUGAAAUAUAAUUGUGGAAAUCCUUAAUUUUUUUAGUUUAUUUUGUAUUGGCCUUUUCUAGACGCACAAUUUUCAAAACAUUCUGCAAGUUUUUUUAUUUUUUAAUUAUUUUUAAACAAUUUUUUUAGUUUUUAUUUGGAUACAUUUAUUUGGUCAGAAAUUAUAAGUUGUAAGUGUUUUUUAGUGGUUAAAAAAUGUUUAGUGAAAUGUGUAGUUUUUUUUAUAAACGUGCAUUUAAGUUCAAAUUUUAAAAAAAAUUAUAAAAUAUAUUGCAUUUUAAAUUAUGUUCAACUGACUUGCUCAGAAUAGUAUUUCUUAGCAAUAAUUUUUUUUUUUCUAACAUUUGGUAUUUGCAUGUUUUUGUAUUAAAGACAUUUUUGUUUCCCAGAUUGUAUUGUUUGUUAACAUCUAUAAUAAUGGUUUGAUUUUAGUUUUAAAUAAAUAAAUAUGUAUAUGUUACGGUAAAUGUAAGAAUACUGGUGAAACCUAUGAUUUACUAGUCAGUCGUAGGUUUUACUGGCUGCUGUCAAUAAACAUCUAAAUUUCAGAUAUUGACAUAUCUAGGAUGUAUAAAAUAGUUUAUUUGAACCCCUAAUAAUUUUUUGUAGUUUGGAUUUUUACAAAUAAGAUUUUAAUUUUCCCUUGCUUUUUUUUUGGUUAUUAUUACAAUAUGUUUUUAUUAUUAAAUAUUACAACUAAAAUUGAAUGUAUAUUUUUAUUUUAAAAAUUAUUAUUUAUUCAGGUAUUUUUGACUUUAUUAUAAACCAUGACAAAUGACAAGUAUGUAUUAAUUGGAAAACAGUCAAAAGUAAAAUUCCAGAAGUUGAUCAGGAGGCCUUGGUAUUCUUACUUUUACUGUGACAUAAAUAUCUUUUUAAGAGGUACACACAGCUCACAAUCGUUAUAAUUUUCAUAUUCCCACGUGUCAGCAAUUUUUUUUCCAAUAUGUUCAAUGUAGUCCUAGAUUAUCAGUUUAAUAAAAAAUCAUCUCAAUUAUAGUAUACAAUUUUUAUAACUUCAUGUUAGAACAAGUCUAAUGGAACAUUAUAUAAUUGAGAAUUAAACCAAUAUUAAUUUGCAUGUGAAUUGAAUUUAUGGUUUUGUUGCAUGAGAUGCUUUUAAAAGUUUUAACAUGUAAUAUUAGUUGUACAUACAUUUUAUAUUGACUAAUACUUUGAUAUUUUCUACAUUUCUUUAAUUUGUAUUGAUUGUUUUAUUUUUUAGUUAAAUCAAUUGAAUAUUACAAUUUUAAUUACAUUAUAUUUAUAUUUAAGAGUAUGCUACACUUGUAUUCUCUGCCGCUUAAGUCUAUAUAAUAUGUAAUAUAAUAAAAACAAACUUCUAAACUUGAAAUAUUAUUUAAGUCUUGUUAGUCACAGGACAUUUUUGUGCUAGUGUAAAUAUAAAUAGUUAUAAUCAAAAUUUUUGGGAACGGUUUUUUUAUAUCUAAAUUUGUCAAUUUUAUGUUUUUUUUUUUUUUUUAAUAUUUAUAAAUUUAAAUAGAAUCAGUUUGUGCAUACAAAUAUUUAAUAAAAAUGGUUCCAUUUUUAGAACCAUAACAUAUUUACCUUAGUACCAAAAUUUAAGUUUCUAUGAUCAAUAGGAUCUAAUUAUAUUUGAAAUUUAAAAGCCUGAUUUUGUUAUGCUGCCCGUUGGAUAGACAGAAACAGCAAAUUCAUGUGUAGCGUCCUUUUAAAGCAAUAAUUACAUAUUUUUACAUUUAUAGACAAACGAAUCAUAAUGAUUAAUAUUAGUUUAGAAAUUACCGUUUAUUAAAUUGUCUAGUAUGAAUUGCCAUUUUUUCUUGCCUAUUUUAUUUAUGUUAUUUCUUUUUCUUUUUUUUUUUUUUUAUGAAUAUGCGGUUUUUAUGUGAGUUAAUAUAUACCCAUUUUUUUUAUUUAUAGCUUACUGAUCAAAGAGUUAACUCAACAAGUGUUUGGAGUUCAUUAGCUCAACCAGAUGCAAAUAAUCCAGCAGCUGGAGCAACAAUAAAACCUUCUACAGCAGAUUCUUUUCAGCAAUUUAAGAAACAAGCAAAAGAAAAUGCUAAAAAGGUAAUAAAUGUAUUUUUAAACAGAAGUUUUUAAACUUCUUAUUUAUUAUUAUUAAUAAUAUUUUAUAGCAACGUGCUUUAUAUGAACAGCAAGAACUGAGGCGCCAUCAAAAAGAACAAGCAGAAAAAGAGCGUAUUCGUAUUGAAAAUGAAAAACGAAGAGAAAAGGAAGAAGAAGAAGCUCUUGAAAAAGCCAGGUAAAUUUUCUUGCUUUUAUUUUCCAUUAAGUAAUGUAUUAAUCUCAAUUUUGAUUGUAAUGUUUAGAAAAACUGUUGCUGAGCAGCAGUCUUCUCGGUUAGAUGAAGUCAAAGCAUCUAGCAAUACAGAUGAUAGUUCUAGUCCUAGUCAAGAUCGCGGUGCUGAAGGUCGUGAAAGACAAAGAUUACGGGAACAAGAGAGAAGACGCCGAGAAGCUGUAAGUCAAACAAAUUGUUGAAUUAUUUACGUGUAUUAAUUUAAACUAUUUAUUAUUAAUUUCUAUUAUAUAUUAUUACUAAGAUGGUGAACCAGAUUGAUAUGAAUCGCCAGAGUGAUCUGAUGGCAGCAUUCGAACAAACAUUGGCUCCACAAUAACAGUGAUGACCAUUAAUGAUGAAAAUAUUAUCUUCAGAUCUACUGUCCGUUCAUCCUAUGUAUUUAGAGUAUGUAUAUGUAUGUAAAUAAGACCAAAGUGUAUGCCUUCCAUGUAAAUAAUUCAUUGUAUGAAUUAAUUUCACUUUGGACUAAUGUUACAUUUUUUUUUCUCUUAAUGUUAAGACACGACAUUUUUUUAUUUGAAUCAAUUUUUGUUUUAUAAACUAAAAUUUGUUUUUUCUGUUUUGACUAAAAUGUAGCAUAGGAAAUAUGAACUUUGUAAGUAUAAAGUCACAAUUGAUUUAACUUAUUUUGUUUGUUUGUUUUUUUUUUUCGUUCUGUAUAAACUAUAACAAACAACUUGAUCGAAACGCUCAAAAAUAAUUGUUCUUAUUAGUGUUGAGAAUAAUAUUUAAGAUAAAACAUUUUUUAGGGAUUACAUUUUUGCAUAUUUUAUUAUAUUAUUAUUUUUGUUUUGAUACAAGUAUUUUGAAUGCAGUGUUGGCUGAUUAUAUUGCUACCAAAAUACCAUAUUUAUAUUUUUUUGUUCAUGUACAUAAAAUACAUUUAAAGUACCUAAUCAAAUUGUACAUAAAUCAACAAAAAAUGUUGUACAAAACCUUGUAUAAUAUUAAAAAUAGUUAUAUGUUAAAGAAAAUAAUAAAUAGUAAUAAUAAUAAUAAUGCAAAUAAAAUAUUACAAUUUGAAAAAUAUUUUAUUACAAACUAAUUUUAUUUUUAUUGUUUCAUUCAUUAUUCUUUCUUCUUUUAGUAAUUUAGAAUUCAGUAUUAUCUUAAAAUUAGUUUACAAAAGAAAAGAAAAAAUACUUUUGCAUAAUUAAUAAUAAUACAAAUUGUUUAUGCAAUGUAUAAUAUGUUUGUAUAUUUGUAUACAUAAUGUAUGAACUUAUUAUAUAUAAUUCAGUUUUAAUAUUUAAUUAUGCAAAAUGUUGUGUGUUAAGGUUAAACAUAGUUUAAAUAACAGAAUAAUCUAUAACACUGAUUGUUUUUUUUUUUUUUUUUUUUUUUUUUUUUUUUUUUUUUUUUUAUUAUUAUUAUUAUUAUUUUAUUAUUGUAAUCAUUUAUUUAUUAUUUUCAAGAAAUAUCAAGUGGUCAUAAGUGGACUUUUGUUAGUGUAUACAAAUUGGCCGAUUUUUAUUUUUAUUUUAUUUUUUAGUAUGUUAAUAAUAAUAUGAAACUUAAUUUGUUAUGAUAUAUGAGAAUAAUUAUAUGAUACAGGUGUUUUACAUUCUGCAUAAUUGUGUGGUUUUAAUAUUUUCCACAAUUUUAGUCGUUCAUUUGUCACUUUUUUUUAAUUAAACAACAUUUUGCUAAACGGGUUGAAGAAUUUUUCAAUUGUUAUAAAGUAUUAUAUUGAUCAUUGUAUCGGGUGUUUUAAUGUAUUUGGUGUAAAGUAAACAUUUCAAUUUUUAGUCACUACUAAAAUAUGACCUUCAGAUAAUUUAAUACAUUAUUUUAAACCAGGAUGUAUUAUAUUUAAUUUGUAAAAAAAAAAACCACAGUUUCAAUUUCAAUACAAUAGUUUAUUGAAAUAAUGUUUUGAAAUUAAAAUAUUUAUUUAUUUAAUGGUUAAAGAGACUGAUGUAUUUAAUAAUGCACUUAAAUAUUUCAAACAGCAUGAUAUUACUAUUAUAAUUAAUAUAGUUGUGUGUAGUUAAUAAAGUACUGAAGUCAAGGAAUCCCGUAAUAGUGUUUUUUUCAAUUUUAUUUUAUAAAAAAAAAAAAAUGUAAAAAACAGUUUCAUACUUGAUCUAUUCUGUAUAGAUAAACCUAUGAACUAAAAUAUGUGUUUAGUAUUAUGGACCUGCAUUCUAUUAAAAGCAAACAUUUGAUUGAAAUUUAAGUGUUAUAUUGUUCCCCAGCAUCC